GAGUACAACAUGUUUGGUGUGGAACUGUUUAUAAGUGCGAAACUUGUAAAUAUGGCGGCUGUGAGGGGUGGAACUCUGCGAGAGAUGGUCGACCCUUCGGCCAACGAAACCCUCAAGUCGAAUUCACACAGCUGCGUCAAAAUAUUGAAAACAGCUGGAGAAUUUGUCUCCAAAAUUUGUGCUGUCAAGGAACAAUGUGCUAACCAACUUCUUUCUGUUGUGGAGACAUUCAAAAGAAAAAGUGCUGAGAUGAAGAAAGAAAGAGGUGCCCUAAGCAGUGCAAUGAGUUUAUGGGAGACUCUUCUUUUGGAAUACGAAACAGAAGCCCAGGAUAUGUUGAAGUUAUGUUCAAAGCUAUCAAAGGACAUUAGCAAGUCGCUCUCUGAUGAGGCCAGUAAACGCAAAGCUCUAUAUAAAAAGAUAUUCACAUUCCGUGAAGCUGGAGAGGCUAGAAUAUCAAAAGCUGAUGAUGCAAGGGCAAAGUGCCAUAGAGACUACUGUGAGGCAUGCGCAAAGCUUGCCAAGGUCCAGAACUCUGCUGACCAGUCUAAAGAGGGAAAGCAAGAACACUACAUCACAAUGUGUCAUAACGCACACAAUUCCUACGUUCUCCAACUGAGUGCUGUUAACGGCAUGACUGAUGUGUUUUAUACAAAGACACUCCCUCAAAUGCUUGACGACUUGCAAGCCAUACAAGAAGAAACUGCCAUGGCAAUGUCAGCGACCUUUAAGAAUUGUGCAGAGAUUGAACGGCAGAACCACGACGACAGGAGCAAGAGGCUUCAGAGUUUUGAAGGGAUGUUCGAAUUGGUCAAUAGCUCACAGGAUAUCGAGAACUUUGUGAAAACCAAUAACCCUGGUCAAUUUACUCCACCCAAGAAAUUGUUUGAAAAGCCUGAAGACGGGACAGUGGUGUCUGUCCCUGAUGGAAAACUAUCAGUUCAUGCCUUAACAGAAACAGUACUGAAGCGUAAAUACAUAACGUUAUAUAAAAAGUUUAGGAACCUCUCAGACGAUGUAGAAAAAGAACGACACGCUAUUAUCUCAGUUUCUGGACUUAAAGACAGCUAUUCGAAGAAUCCGUCCUAUGGGCGGGCAGAUACUGUGGACGCCAACCUCUUGGAACAAAAGAACGAAAUGAGAUUGAAAGAGAUGUAUAAAGAAAUCACAAAUGACCAGUUAAGUCUAUUCACGCCAGACGUCAUGACCAAACUGAGCGUGAGUGACGUGGACUUGCAAGACGAGGAGUAUGAUGAUGAUGAGAGCCUGACAAAUAUUUACGACAAGAGACAAAGUGUGAUCACAUCAGCCAUGGCCAAACCCAAGACAACGCGUGCGGCCAAGCAUGAGUUUGUAGAACACAACUUCAGAAAACCACAGUUCUGUUACUACUGCAAUAAGCUUCUUAAAGGGUUCAUCAAACAGGGCGUCAAGUGUAAGAACUGUAAGAUGGGAGUGCAUCACAAAUGCCAGGAGAAUGUACCAGCGUGUAGAGGCAGUCCACUUGUAGGGAAAUCAAAAAGUAGAACCCUACCCACAAAGCCAGCUUAUUUGGAUACAGAGUUCGACUCUGAUGAUAGUAUGUCGUACAGUGACAUCGAUGAAUCUACAACCCCUCCCGUUCGUCGGAAAUCCUUCGGCUCUCGUGGCAGAUAUCAAGACGAUCUCUAUGACACGGCGGAGGAAUGUCUCAGUAGCGUGGGCAGCAGAACGUUUGGAGUGGCCCUGUAUGACUACGCCGGUGAAAACGAUGGUGACAUGCCUUUGAGGGCUGGCGACCGGAUUGAAAUCAAGAGUACCGCGGAUGAUAGUUGGUGGGAGGGAAAACGUGGUGACCUGACUGGAUAUUUCCCGGCUUCAUAUGUACAGGUCAUAUCCAAAGACGAAACCAUCUUGAGAUGCUUAUUUGACUUCGCGGGUCAGGAGAAGGAUGAACUUAGUGUCGUAGCCAAUCAAAUUCUGGUGCAAGUUCGGGACGAAGGCAAUGGAUGGAUUAUCGGAAGAACGGGGACCGUGGAAGGUGCGAUCCCCAGCUCGUACGUGGAAAUAGUGACACAAUGAUCCCUCGCCUUUCAGUAUAGUCUACCGAUUUAUUCACCUGUUACACGGUGAUCCCUAAUCUUUUAAUCUAGUCUACCGGUUUAUUUACCAGCGACACAGUGAUCCCUCGCCCUUUACUCUAGUCUACCGAUUUAUUUACGAGUGACACAGUGAUCCCUCGUUAGUUACUCUAGUUUACCGAUUAAUUUACACAGUGAUCCUUGUUGGUUACCCUAGUCUACCAAUUUAUUUACCAGUGACACAGUGAUCCUUGUUGGUUACUCUAGUCUACCAAUUUAUUUACCAGUGACACCUCGAUGGUUACUCUAGUCUACCAAUUUAUUUACCAGUGACACAGUGAACAGUCGCAAAAAUAUCUAAUUGUAACUAAAUUUGUUCACCAACCAAAAAACAUGAUAAUUAAUUUUUUUAAAUUAACUUUUUUACUUCUAUUUAAUAUAGCAAGGUUGGGUUUUAGAAAUAUAUAAAUGAAAUAGCACAUGUUCGAAAAGUAAAAAAAAAACGAAAACGUUGGAGAAAUAGAAAGUUGAAUUGAACAAAUCAUAUUGUUAAAAAAACAUGUAUAAUUGUAAACAAUUAUAUAAAAAUAAAAAUCUAAUAUUUGCU